GGUAACCACGUUACAUACUUCAGUCGGUUGUUGUGUUUACAAGUUUACAACCUAAAUGUGACAUGUGUAAUAUCGGCCUCUGCGUUCUGAUUACAAUAAUUUUCACUUGAACGUGAUUUCAAGUUCUGCUGUGAAGAACUUUGUAAGUAUUUUUACAUCCAUUUUAAUCUUAAUAACUACAAACCUUUAACGUUAGUAUUCAUACUUUCUACAAUAUUAGUUAUAUUACCUAUUAUAUUCAAUUAAUUAUUUUCCCGAUUAAUUUAUUCUGUCCGUUGUUUUCCGUCAUCAAAAUUCUCUAUAAAAAAAAUAGUUAUAGUUAGUAUAUUCUCAAGUUUUGUAUUUUUUACUUAUUCUUUAAUAUUUUCAGAUAAUUGCCAAAACAUGAAGUUUAAUAUUUACAAAACGUCUUCGCGACGUAAGUCCCGUAAAUUGCACUUCACAGCCCCCUCGCACGUUAGACGUCGUAUUAUGUCAGCUCCUCUAUCCAAAGAAUUAAGGAGCAAAUACAACGUUAAGUCUAUGCCUGUGCGAAAGGAUGACGAAGUUCAGGUUAGUAAUAACUAGGCUACUUAAUAUUUGUACCUUUUUAUUGUUUGGUAAAUACGUAGGUAUUAGACAUUACAUUUCUAUGCUAUAAUAUUAAACAAUAAUAAGAAAAGUAUCAUUUUAUUUUUUAUUUAUUUAUAUACUGUUUAUUAGUAGAAACCGAUACCUAACAAUAAUCAUAACCUGUUUUCAUUUUUAUGCAAUUUGUGGAAAACUAGAGUAAAUUUUGUAUAAGGCCAACAUAAAGGUAGGGUAUAUAGUAGGGUGGUUCUUAUUUUUGAACUUAAUUCAUUUUGUGUUGCAGGCUUAGGAUUUUACUUUAUACAUUGUAAAAAUAGUUUUUGGAAAUUAUAGGUAUGUUAAGUCAACCCCUUCACAAUCCUCAAAAAGUUAGAAUUUUUGUUAAUUUUUUUUAAAUUUUUAACAUAUAAUUCAUCUGAAACUUUUUAUCACAAAAAAAUAUUCCUACAAAAUAGCCACUUUAAUAUUUCAGUGAAACUCUAUUGUUAUAAAAUAUCUAUUUAAAAGUUAGUAGAAUUGAAGAUUACCUAUGUAAAAUUUCAAACUUGUCAACUUUUUAAUCAAUUUUUUACAUAUAACAGUUUUGUUGAAAUUUUAAAAAUAGCCAUUGUGAUUUCUUUUUACAAUAAUAAUGUUUUUAAUACAUUUUUUGUAUGUUAAAAAUUAAAAAAAAUUAAUGUAAAAAGCUAUUCCAUGAAGUGGUUAUCACAGCUAACAUUUUAAAAAAUUAUUUUUAUAAUUAACAAAAUUACAAAUUACAAAUUCAAGUAUUUAACAUUUAUUUUCAACACCUAUAGCUAAGGACCACCCUAAUGUAUAGCAUAUAUUGUCUGGCAAUUUUUUUUUUGGAACUUUCGCGUUUUUUUUUUAUUAAAUUUCAUUUAUUUAUCCAUCAAUAUGUAUCCCGUGUAAUUCCUGAAUUUUCUAGUAUAUUCUAAUUAUACAUUGAACUAUUAUAUUUCCUUCUUUAUUUGUCCCAAUUUUUGUAUGUAAUAAAAUGGUAUUUAUGUCUUAGUAUUUAAGUUGAUGAAGUGAUGAAGCAAAACCAUUCUUUGAAACGGACGUAUAAUGAGUACAAUCAUAUUUUUUAGUUACAGUUUUUGUAGUUGAAUUAUUAAUUGUACACGUUUUAUCUGUUAAAUGUUAGUAUAAAGGCUCUGAUUAAAUGUCUGUUCCUAGCUGAAUUAGCUAUAUAAUUUAUGGUAAAGUUAGUUAACUUUUAUUACAUAUGAUAAAAGAGUUAACAGAGUUAAUUAUACGGUUAUCUAUGUACUUAUUAAAUUCAAAGCUGGGCACUAACUAGUUAUAAAGUAAGUUAAGUUGAUUCACCUAGUUAGUUUUUAUUCGUAGUAACUUUGUUAACUUGCCUAGCUGAAUUGAACGUGGAAAAUAUUCUUAAAUCUUAACUCGUUAAAAACAAAAAAAGAAACUAGUUAUUUUUUUUUUUUCUAAAUUAACCUUACAUUUGAACUGGUUUUUCAAUUUAUAUUUUAAACUAAUAAAAAAAAAUUACUUCUAACUUAAGUUAAUAUUUUUACCAAUUUAAACAUUUUGAAAAUUUUAAAAACUAUUAUAUUCUUACUUGGUUAGAUUUUAUAUUUAACUUACUUAACUUUAACUAGUUAAAACCUGUCCCAACUUUGAUUAAAUUAUAGCACCAGUUAUGUACUAAAAUAAUGUUGAUAAUUUGGCUUUAUUUUUUGUAGCCUAUUAACUUGUUUGUUUUAUUGAUAUUAAUUAAUUUUUAAAAGUAUCUGAUUUCAGUUAGAAAUAUGUUUCUACUUAACUUUUUUUUGUAAGGAAAUAAAUUAUUUAUAUAUUUAUAAAUUUGAGUAAUGAUUUUUAAGAUAAGUAAGUGAACAAAACUUAUAUUUAUUAAAUAUGUAAAAAUUGUGAUUAUUUAUUCCACAUUUUACUGCUGAGUAGUAUAUUAUUCAGUAUGAACAAAGGGAUCAAAGCUAUUGAAAUAAUAUUCAUUUCAUGAGUACUUAAGUUGAUGAAUCAAAACCAUUCUUUGAAAUAGAUAUAAACGAAUACCUUAGUCCUUUGGUUGCAGUUUUUGCAAUUUAAUGGAUGAUAGUAAAAGUUUAAUCUGUUAGAUGCUAUUAUCAAGGCUCUGAUUGAAUACUUAUGUUAAAUAAUUUAUUUUAAAUUACUCCAAUACUUUGAAAAAUAUAUUAAGAAUAUAAUAUAUAUGUGAUCACUAUUUUUUAUAUACUUUGCAUUAUUUUCUUAUUCUAUGUUUGUACAAAUUUAUGUGAUGAAUUAAAACCAUUCUUUGAAACAGACGAAUAACAAAUACAUUUAUUCUUCGGUUGCAGUUUUUGCAAUUGAUGAAUGAUAGUAGGAGUUUUAUCUGUUAAAUGAUAUUAUGAAGGCUCUGAUUACAUACUAUACUUAAAUCAAUUAUCUCAUGUCAAUAAAUGUUUGUUUUAUUAUAAUAAAAUAUUGUUUUUGUCAUACAUUAUAAAUGUUAUAUAAAUAUAAUGUAUUAGUAUAAUUUUAUAUAUUAGUUUAUUAAUGAUUUUAGGUAGUAAGAGGACAUUUUAGAGGUCAGCAAGUUGGCAAAAUUGUCCAAGUCUACAGAAAGAAAUAUGUUAUCUACAUUGAAAGGAUUCAACGUGAAAAAGCUAAUGGUGCUACUGUAUAUGUUGGAAUCCACCCUUCUAAGGUAUAAUUUAGUUUUUGUUAUUUUAUUAACCUACUCAAAGAAAUUAGGAUAUUAAAUUAUUACAAUGUUUGUUAAUUUGUAUGAUAUAGUUGCUAGCCAUUGAAAUAGUUUUAGUUUUAGACAUUAAUAACUAUGUAUAAAUAUAUAAACAAAUUUUUUAAAAAAAUACAAAGAAAUCAUGGAUGCUAGUCACAAAAAUCAUAUAAUUUCAUAUUUCUGUAAUAAUAUAGUAAACAAUUUUAGAUUCAGAGCAUAGCAAGAAAUGUCUGUAUUAGUAAUAGUUCAGAAAAAACGUUUGGUUAAACAUAAUAUCUAUGGUGUAACAAUUUCUGAUUUCAUGUUUUUGUAUAUAGGUGUUUUGUAUUAGAUAUCUUGCUUCAGUCAAAAAUUAGUGAGACCUUUUUUGAUUUAAUUUUGGAUCUAGUUGCUCACGGAGAAAGUCGUUUUUUGAUUUCCCAAUUAGUUUUAAUAAUUAUUAGGAAAAACCAAUAAAAGAUGAAAAAUAAAAAUGAUAAAUUUGCAUAAAUUUACAAUUUUUUAUUUUAAAUUUUUAAUGUUUAAGUUUUCUAGAAAUAAUACUUCAAUAGAAAACCAUAAAGACCUUGUUAGCCAAUGUAGUUGGUGAGUAAAAAAGUCUUUAAUUUUUUUUAUUUUUGAUGUGUUAAUCAAAUAUAAAAAAAAUCAGAAUGAACAGGACAAUUUAGGAUAAUAAUACUUUUAUUAUUUUCCAUUUUUUUUUUCGUCGCGAUUCAGUUAAACAUAUUCAAAAAUACUUGAAAUUUGAAUGGAAAACUUGUCCAUAAAAAUGUCAAGACAUUUGAUCUAUUUAUAAACAAAAUUGUUAGGCCAAACCAAAAUACUUAACAAUUGAACAUGAAAGUCAUUUUAAAUCGUACUCUAUGGUAAAAAAAAAAAAAAAAAGAGCUUAUAAUGUGCUUGAUUUUUUUGUAUAUAUAUGUACAAAUUUUAAUAUCAAAUCUUAAAUAUACAAAAAUUGUAAAUAUAACAGCCUUUUAAAACAUAUAUCACCGAAUAAUUUUCAAAGCAGUAUAUGCAAAAAUCUCCUUAUCCAUUUUAAUGAAAACUGACGUCCCUAGCUAGUGUGACUGGAAAAGUAACGCCCGUUAAUAAACUGCUCGUGUGACCUUACUCUUAUUUGAAUGUAUUAUGACCUUGAGUAUGCUAUUAAUUUAACCUUUUUAUUAUUAUUUAAAUUGACAAACUACAAUUUUCAUUUAUUGUAAUAUUAAUGUGUCCAUGUCUGAGGUUACCAUGGUUGGCAAAUCAAAAGUGAAUAUUUAAAGUACAUAGUGAUUUUUAGGGGGUAGUGAGAAAAAUAUAUGUCAAAGGUUAUAAAUUUCAAUUAUAUCUGUUCAAGCACUCGUAUAUUAUACAGGGUUUUUAAAAUUUAAUUUUGCAGUUAAAUGGUUUAUUAAAAAAAAUUUUUUUAAUUAGUCACGGAUAAAAACUUUGAAAAAUCGUAAAUGUUUUAAUUGUCUAUAAUUACUUUUUGGGAGUAAAAUUACACAACCUACAUAAAAUAUUCCAUAAAUUGAUAAAGUUUCAGUUCAAGCAUAUAAAUACAUUUUUAAUUUCUGUCUACCUGUUCAGUGGUUUAUUAGAGUUAUUUACUACUCUCCCUCUAAUCAAAAGUUAGAACUGGAAUAUCUUGUAAACGGGUUGAUAGCAAUUAAAAAUUUAAAUACCAAAAUAAUAUAAAUUUAAACUUUUCUAAAUCUAUAGAAUUUAUAAUACAGGCAUUGCUAUUUUGAAAUUAAAUGUGGUUUCAUCCUCAAUAAUUAGGAUGGAUGACAACAAAUUAGGAUAAGGUAACAUUUUAGAGUAUGUGAUUCCAAAAAGAUAUUUUACAUAUGUCAUGUUUAAUAAAAAUGAAUAUUAUUUUAAACUUUAAAUUUUAAAUUAAUUACAUUCAUGUAUUCAACUUUUUUAUGCUUAUGAAAUAUAAUUAUUAUUAAUCUAUACAUAUAUAUAUAUAUUUUAUUUUUAUUUUUAGUGCGUUAUUGUAAAACUGAAGUUGGACAAAGACCGUAAGAAGAUUCUUGACAGAAGAGGCAAAGGCAGAGCACAAGCAUUGGCUCUCAAGGGAAAAGGAAAGUACACUGAAGAAUCUGCUGCAGCAGCUGCAAUGGAAACAUCGUCUUAAUAGUUACAUAUUUUUCAAUAAAACACAUAAACCAAACACUAUUUGUGUAUUAUAUUUUACAUCCUUGAUUCGAAGAAUGUAUUAAGUAUUAAUUUUACAAAGAUUUUUCUUUCUGCCAGAAAACUUACUCCAAUCUAUAUGAUGUAAAUCCUUUUCUGAAAGGAAAUUUCCCUGGAAUGGUAACUUUAUUAGGGAGGUCAUGUUUUGUUUUUCU